AUGAUUGCAGGUUAUGGUCUGCACAGUAGUUCUGAAGAUGUAAUGAAGCUCUUCCGCAGCUUGCUCUGCUUUGGAUCAAAACCAGAUGAGUUCACCUAUCCAGCUGUUUUGUCUGCAUUCCAACAAGCUCACGACUCAAGAAACCAUGAGCAGAUCCACGCAUGUAUUCUGAAACAUGGGUUUGCAUCAUGUCAGUUCGUCUCGACUUCACUAAUCAAAGUAAAGGCAACCCUUGGUUCGGUUCAUGGUUCACUGAAAGUCAUCGAGGACACUGGCAAGAUGGAUUUGGUAUCAUGGGGAGUCACCAUCUCUGCAUUCUUGAAGCAUGGCCUGAACGAUGAGGCCCUUUACCUUUUCACUUUGUUCAGAGAUGAGUGCACACAGGAGCCUGAUGAGUUCAUCCUGGCUACCAUCCUGAACGCUUGUGCAAACGCAGCAUUGAUAGGGCAAUGCAGAUGCAUCCAUUCCCUCGUUGUCAGGGCAGGGUAUAGCAAGCACUUCUGUGUGGCAAGCGCCUUGGUUGAUGCGUAUGCAAAGUGUGGCGAUGUUACUGCUGCUGAAAGUGUGUUCACUGAUGUUUCGUUGGUAACUAAUGACACCAUACUGUACAACACCAUGCUGACAGCUUAUGCCAACCAUGGUCUGAUCCAUCAAGUCCUCAGGCUGUACCGAGAGAUGGAAGAACUACAAUUGGCUCCAACACCAGCUACGUUCGUCGCGGUCAUCUCAGCUUGCAGUCAUCUUGGGCAAGUCGAGGAGGGAAAGCUGCUGUUCAGUUCCAUGCUGUUUGCACACGGCGUGCAUCCGACAAGGGCCAACUACUCCUGCCUGGUCGAUCUCCUGGCGCGAAAAGGGCUCGUCAGCGAAGCGAAAGAUGUCAUAGAAGCAAUGCCAUUUCAGCCAUGGCCUGCAGUAUGGAGGUCUCUGAUGAAUGGCUGCCGGAUCCAUGGGAACAAAGAACUUGGCGUGCUUGCAGCAGAGCAGAUCCUGAGAAUGGCGCCAAGCAGCGACGGCACCUACGUAUCACUGUCGAAUGCCUAUGCUGGAGAUGGAGAGUGGCAGUCUGCAGAGGAGACAAGGAGGAUGAUGGCUGAGAAUCAAGUGCAGAAGGUGCAAGCUUACAGCAGUGUUGAGAUCUAG